GACCCGAACGAAGAUACUGAGUGGAACGACAUUCUGCGCAAGCAUGGCAUCCUGCCCCAGCAAAUCAAGAUCACGCAAAACGACAUCUACGACUCAGCUGUCGAAAAGGCGCGCGAGGAGCACGAGCACCGGCUCGACAACCUCGAUCUCGACGAGCUCGACGAGCUCGAAGACGACGAGGACGAGGAGAUCCUGAACCAGUACCGUGCCCAGCGCCUCGCGGAGAUGAAGGCCGAGCUCGCCAACGACAAGUUCGGUGAGCUCAUCCAUAUCUCCGAGCCUGACUACAAGCGCGAGGUGACCUUGGCCAGCAGAGAGUCGUGGAUUGUCGUCCACCUGUUCCGCGACAGCAUCCCGGAAUGCAAGCUGCUGAACAGACACCUGUCGGUGCUUGCAAAGCAGUACAAGCAGACCAAGUUUGCAAAGAUUGUGUCGGUCGAGUGCAUCCACAACUACCCGGACGCCAACCUGCCGACCAUUCUGGUGUAUGGGAAGGGCGACAUGCAGGCGCAGCUGGUGCGCCUGGACAAGUUUGGCGGCAUGCGCACACGCAAGAAGGAUAUUGAAACGUAUCUGAAGGACGUUGGCGCCAUUGACCCGGCCCAGAAG